AGCUUCUCUAGAAUUCUGAGCUUCUUGUCUCUUUGUAUAACUAAUAGUCCAGUGAAGACGCCCAUUUUCAACCUUUCUUGUUCCAGUUGCUGCCUUCUCGGAGUAAGCGGCACUACAGCGGCCAAGCUUUCCGGUUUUCUGACUCAGCUGGGCCUCACAAUUGAGUCAAGAGUUCUUGUAGAAUCGAGUAAGCCGUUUAGCGCGGGCAAUCGACGCUGUCCUUUGAUGAGCUAAUCUGGAUCAGAGACUCAAUCGCAGAGAAUUCUUGCAGUUUAAGAGGGUUUAGCGUCUGAAUUUAGCUGGGUGCAAUCACACCUGCUUUCAAGAGCAAGCUUACCGCAGCGUUGGAGCCGGGUAGAGGAACCCGAGAUGGCUCUCUCAGUAGAGUUGCAAAGCAGAACUGUCUUGCCAUAUCGGCAAGAUGAGUCCGCAGGAUCCUCAAGGGCAGCAGGGGCCAGUGGGCAACCCGUCUUUCAAGCAAGGCGUGUGUGCCAGGGUUCUGCAAAACGCCAAGAGCAGAACCUGAGGAAGGGCGUUUUGGGGCGGAAAGUUGGCCUUUCGAAAGUGCCUGGCAUUGUUCCGUCCUUCGACCCUGUCUGUGGAAACAGCAGAUGGUCAAUGAAGGCCGUGUCGGCUCCGCCAGCAAAGAGUAAAGACUACUUGCCUCCUCCAGAGGACUCUGCAACCGGGUGGGAGGCGGGGUUGAUUGGGGUGGAGAGAAGAAUAAACCACGCGCUAACGGAUUUCGUCGUCAUUCUUCUGGAUGCGUUCUACGCGGACAGGCACUACGCACGCUUUUACGUCCUGGAAACAAUCGCUCGGGUUCCUUAUUUUUCUUAUGUUUCGGUUUUACAUAUGUAUGAGAGCUUUGGGUGGUGGCGGCGAGCAGACUACAUCAAGGUUCACUUUGCUGAAUCGUGGAACGAGCUGCAUCACCUGCUCAUUAUGGAGUCGCUGGGAGGCGACCGGCGGUGGAUCGACCGCUUUCUGGCGCAACACGUGGCAGUCGUCUACUACCUCCUGUGUUGCAUCAUCUACCUGGUCAGCCCGAGAAUGGCGUAUCACUUGAUGGAGUGCGUCGAGACGCACGCGUACCACACGUACGACUCGUUCCUGGCAACUUUCGGCGACAAGCUUAAGACGAAGCCGGCCCCGGAGGUCGCCGUCAAGUAUUACACCGAGGGAGACCUGUACAUGUUUGACGAGUUUCAGACGGCCGCCACACCGGGCGUCCGGCGACCCAAAAUAGAGAACUUGUACGAUGUGUUUGUAAACGUGAGGGAUGACGAGGGAGAGCACUGCAAAACGAUGCGGGCCUGCCAAACCGCAGGUUCCAUAUCGUCUCCCCAUCAGGACACGCCCGUCCUGCCUGGCGAUCUUUGUAGCGGCGUUGUCGAAUGCAGCACCACUGCGGUGUCGGCUGCUGAUAGGUUCUUGAAACACGGCGUCCCUAUCGAUGAUACCCUUUAGCUGCGCGUUCGGAAAUGUACUGCGCUGCUUUAGGUAAAAGUUUGUGAUAAGAAGAGACAAUGAGGAACUCACGGUCAGCGCUGGGGUAAGCGCGGUAUUGAGGUUGUACAGUAGUGGUAUGUGGAAGUUAGUUGGGUUAGUGAAGCGAUCUGUUCGGUGCAGGCGGCCAUUGCCGCGUCGUCUGGAACUGAAAGGUUCAUGCAUGACCCGUACCUUUAUCUGUGACGAAGAUUGUUUCUGUGCUUGGGCACAGGAUGGGAUUGUCAAACUGCACGAACUUAGGAUUGUUCCCGCAUGCUAUGAUUGGAUU